GCACAUGUCAACUGGUUCGAACACAUUCGCUGCCUGCUUGUGUGUGCGAGAGUGAGAGUUAAGAGAAUAACACACAUCACAUUGAGAGAGCAAUGCAAUUUUUAUUGACAUUUCAUCGUCGUCGUCGAGCCAUACGCAACUUAUCAUCAUUCAGUACGACACAUAGAAAAUCAGUGAUUGUUGGAACAACACAUAAGGAUGAAGUGUCAUCGUAAAUUUGUCGACAAUUUAUUGUGGGCAUAAAGAAGAAACACGAGUAAGAAAAAAAAGGCGGAAGACGAAGAAAAACAACAACAAUUACGCCAAAAAGUAAAAGUGAUACAUUUGAUUGGUGAAGGGAUAGCAUUUUUUUGUGUCCAGAAAAAAUGGUGUCACUCAUCAAAAAUCAGCUCCUAAAGCACUUAUCACGUUUUGUCAAAGAUUUAUCGCCGGACAAAAUCAAUGUGAGUGCAUUUCGGGGCGAAGGUGAUUUAUCGAAUUUGCAAUUGAACGAAGAUGUAUUGACCGAACUACUAGAGUUACCGUCAUGGAUACGACUGACGUCGGCUUGGUGCAACCAUGUUUCCUUCCGUAUCAGUUGGACCAAAUUGAAAAGUGUGCCAAUAACAUUGAGCUUAGAUGAAGUGAAUAUAACGAUAGAAACGUGUGAAUUUGGGCGAAAUGAGAAUAGUGGAGCGGGUGGAUGGCAAUCGUUGACAGCGCCAAAGGGAAAAUACAAUUUUAUCGAUAAAAUUAUCGAUGGAAUCACAGUCACUAUUAAUACGGUUAACAUUAAUUUUAAGAGUCCAGCAUUCAUAGCAUCGGUGCAGAUGUCACGCAUUCGCGUUGAAUCAAAAACACCGAAAUGGCUAAGCGGAGACUUACGUGUGACACGAUUGAAAGACACCGUUAACGGGCAUUUGCUGAUAUUCAAGGAAUUGUCAUGGCAAACGGUGCGAAUUGAAGCGAGUUCCACACAAGAUAAAUCGCUAACACCACUACGUCUGUUGACGAAUGAAGCGCGCUGUCGUAUUACAAUCAAAAAGAAACUUGUCGAUUGCACGAUACUGGCAUCGCGAUUAGUUCUAGUCUUAGACGAUUUGCUAUGGGUACUGACUGAUUCGCAAUUAAAUGCUGCCCUACAUUUUGUCGAUUCGCUCGCUAGUCUGAUCAAAACGUCGACAAAUCUCACGCAGAAGACAAAAGCGAAGAAAAUUCUGGAACAACUGCCCGAAUAUCAGGCACAAAUAGCACAGCAAUCCCGACAACAACAGAAUACAAAUGAAGCCAAUUCCGUCAUAUCAGCAGCUCAACGAUCGUUUAAUAUGUUUGAUGUUAAGGAAACGUCCUAUCAUUUCUCUAGCCAACGCAUCGAUUUGCAUCUGUGUGAUGAUGCAGGAAAUGGUCGAUCAUGUUAUCCAGACUUGUGUGAUGGAGGUGCACUUCAGAUAUCGAUUCACGGAUUUCAGGUCGAUUACUUUCCAUUCCAUUUGGCCAAAUAUAAUCGUGCCCAUUGGCCUAAGUACAAAGAAGCAGCUGUCCCACCAGCUUUGUGGCUAGAGCAAUCAUUGAAUGCAUUCCGUGAAUCAUUAUUGAAUUUGUGUCAACCGAAUCGACCGCCAACUCAUGCACCGCUGGAACGAACGUCACCGCAGAAUACAGCAUCAAACGAAAGUUUUACCAAUAUGAAUAAACCAAGUGCAGCGCAGGCCGCUUCAACGAAACAAAUCUUGGAUAAUUUUAACAAAUUAAUGACCGCAUGUGUGGUGCUACGAAUUGAGAAUUUUAUGUUGUAUCGCGUAACGACGUCGGGUAAAAAAUCAAUGCCAAAGGAAUUUAUCUCAGGUGACAGAGAACGAUACUCAAUCCCCGAUGACCUAUCAACACUGCAUGCUGAAUUCACAUACUUUUAUUUCCCCGGUGAUUUCGACUUUCCAUUACCACCGUCAAAAGUGUUUGUUCAUGUGAACCCGGUCCAAAUAAACUUCCAUCUAGAUAGUAUUUUAUGGUUAAAUUCAUUCGCACUAAACUUGCAUGAAAAUCUCCUGCGAACGUCCAUGAAUGCGGCCAACGAAGAAAGCAAUCAAAAUCGAAAUGAACCCAGUUUAAUGUAUAUGGAUGUGAAAAUGGAAGCAAUAAUGCCACGCAUACUCAUUGAAUCAACCAUUGAUGCACCGAAUCAACGAGAUCGCCCAAAGACUAUGCAAAUCCAAGUGUCACGCUUUGCACUGACAAAUAUCCGUGAGACGGGGUCAUCACGGGCCGAUCUGGCAAAUGCGUUGCACUCUCUACAGGAGGGCACCUUAGUUUUUGCCUCCGAUUUUCCGUCAAAGACGGAUGACUUAAGCGUUGUGACUGAUAGAAUUCUUGCACAUAUGGCAGCUUCUGACAUGAUGUCAAACAAAUCAUCACCAAAUUCAGCGUCAGCAAAUACAACCAUAACAACACCGACACUAACGAAAUACGCACUUUGGAUUGAGCCACGUGAUGUUUGGUGCAUAAAACUCGAUCCCAUUUGGAUUGAAUUUCUCGGUGCUCGUUCAGUUGGUCAAAAUAAAGCCGUUCCAUUUGUCGAUGCGGUGCCGAUUACAUUCUGGAUACAUGGCAAAUCUUCCGCUAAGUUGAAUCCCACGUUAAAUUCUCUUGCCGCUCAAUCGAUGUCGUCAAUCAACCAGAAAUGCCAAGACACCGGCUACAUGAGUGACGAUCGAAACUCAAACACCGACAACUUUGCGUACAAUUCGGACUUUCUAUCGCAACAAAAUUACGCUCAAACCAAUCCAUUCUUUAGCAUGCCCAGCGAGGAUCAUACAAGCGAUAGUGAUUCGACGACGAUUCAUGCUCGCACAGCCAAAGCAUCGGUGACCUCAACAGCCGAAGACAUAUCAGCUGAUUUGCACAUAAUUGCUCAUGUUUCAAAUUUAAUUAGCGUUCAAGUUGAUCAUUAUCAGUAUCUGUUUCUACUGCGAAUAGCCGAAGAAUUUACUGAACUGUCGACAUUUUUAACGGUCGAUUCGAAGCGGAUUCUCAAAGAGGAAGACGAAAGUAAAUCGAUUGUGAUUGCUUGUGUAAUACCACAAGUUGAAGUUACCCUAGUGAUGCCAUCGCAAACACCGGGCAAAGAAUCGAACGGUGGUGAUGGAGAGAGUGUAUUACCGGACUCGGCAAGUUUAGGCGAUGAUUUACAUUUUAAUUCAAAUAGUGUAAAUGCUGCAAAUUGGCCGUUGACUCUAGAUCAAAUGAAGAAUCAUCAGAAUACCAACACAUUUGGCAGCAUCGAAACACCGUCUCCAGUUACAAACGAAGCACCCGAUGCUAUUUAUCAGCAGUUUGAGCAAACGCAACCAAUUCAAUAUACUUCAAGCCCAAACACGCAUGGUUUCAAUGUUCAAAUCGUUGGAACAUCAUCAUCAAACACAACGAGUACAUCGACACCACAAAGCUCAACAACGCCCGUGUCACGUGGCAAAAAUCGCAAUUCCAUCACUGAUUCCGGUUUGAACAUCGGAUCUAGUCUAAUUUCAAUGAAAAAGGGCUUCUCCAGCUUCAUGACAUCUAUUGACUCGGCGCUCAAAACAAACAUGUCGGAUGAUAUGAGCGACACAAUUUCAAUCCAAAGUGACAUUAGCUCCGACUCGGAAAACUAUGUUAUGGUACUUGCUGAUGACAAGACUGCCGACUGUAUGGACGUUAUGUUCAGGUUGAAUCCAUUCAAUACGGACGGUACGGCUGCUAAAGCAAAUACGGUUGAAGUGGCGAGUGAAGUGUGCGAAGAGCUUGACUACAAAACAAACAUGUCUUCACCAUCCGAACCAUCUGAGGCAAGCACAUGGAGGCGUCGUGACCUAGUUUCAAUGGCCACUUUUCGAUUGACAAUGGUCGAAAUCAUUCGACAAAAUCGUGGACCGAUUUCAGCGAUUCGGGUGCAGGUCAGUGCUGUGUCUUGUGAUGAAUGCGGUGCGAUACCUUGGGAUGAAUUCCAGUCAACCCAUCAAAAGAAACAAGCCCAGACGAAAUUCGGAGCACGUUGUCGUGCUUGGAAUAUUGCACAGUUUAAUCAAGAGUCUCCGCCCACGAUUCGUUUACGCUUAGAUGAUGAACUCAAAGUACCUGACAUUACCGAUGGAUUCACGGUCAAGGAUAAAAAAGAAGUAUUGGGUUGGUUCAACCACAAACUCGAAGCGCGAUGUAAAGAUUUGUCGCUGGCUUUGUCGAUGAGCACAGUGAUUGGUUUGAAUGAUUUAGCCGAGGAUGAAAUUAUUUCGAAACCGUUGCCAAUGGAAAUUCUGCUGGAAAACCUUAAAAUCACCCUGAUCGAAGAUCGACCGCCAGUGAAUAUCACGUCACCUGGUUCGGUUCCAAUCAAUUUGCAAAUUGGACACAUGCGCGUCAAACGCAAUGAGAUGGGCAUAUUUGAAAUUCAACCCUAUGAUUCAAUCAAUGACGGCACACAGAUAAACACUAUCAUUCCAAUGGAUACGGAAAAAAGCAAACGAGAAAGGGAUCGAGAACUGAUAUCAUUGCAGCUGGUCAUGCAGCAGCUCAAAAUUGACAACGACAGUUUGAAGAAGCAAUUGAAUUUGAUCGAACAGUCGAGUGAAGCAAAUACAUCAAAAGCACGACAAGAGAGUGAUGUUCUCAAGUCGUACCUGAAGAAGGCUCAAGAUGACAUUCUUGUGCUGCUGGAUGAAAAACGAAAACUUUUGGACACCGUGCGCAAUUUGCAGCAACAACUCGUAUCGAAAGACCAUAACCUGAAGAAUGAUGGUAGUAGGUAGCAUCAUUGUAUGGACUGUAUACAAUGUUGCGUAGAGAAUAACAAUUCUUAAUGCCAGAUCGAGUGAGCCAUUUAUACAGUCGUGAUAAAAGUUGGGCAAUGCUUGAAAUUGUUCGUUUCGAGUCUGAAUUUUUUCAAGGAUUUUUUUUUUAAUUUCGGAAAAACACUUACCAUUUGUGAGAUUUUUAUGAAUUUCCCGUUCAUUUCAAUCAAGUGUAAACAUUAGACAUUAAAAUAACGUUCCAAUUCAUUAAUGUUGAAAUGUAAUAAAAGAAAGAAGAACACAAGAUUUUGUCUCAGACAUAGUUAAUUUUAAGUUCAAUUGAGCCGUUCGAUAGUUUUCGCUCGGUCGAAUGAAUAAUGUAUGCACGCGUCUCGGCAACGGACUGCCUUCAAAAUAGACUAUGGUUGAGAUACACGUGAUACACACACAAAACAGCAACAAAUUUAGAUAUUUUGAAUUUUAAACAGUUUAAAGAUCGUUUCAUUAGAAGAAUCUCUAUUGAUGUGAAGCAAUUUUGCAAUUGAAUUAUUAAAUUGAACUAAAGCACUGAAAAUUGUGAUCAUUUAGUAUGAAUGUAUAGAUAGAUCAAUAUUUGAAAAAAAAAAAAGAUAAAAAUUCAUAGGGGAAUUUUCGAAGAAAACAUAAAGAAAAA